CCCAUCAGUCACUCGUUCCAUCGUCUGUCGUAUUUCUUCCAUCCUCAUCCUCAUGCUCACUCUGACUGUCGUUCCUAUUGACAUCUUCCACUUCUGUCGUUACUAUCUUUGUUGUAUACACCAUCUGAGUCUUUAGAAUUACAUUCCCAGCCCAAGAGAUCAUAUCAUCGUGCCUUUCAACACUGCCUUGAUCCUCCCGUGUCAGUAAAUAUUGUGAAUACGAAAACUUUGAAACUUUGCUUUCGACUUAGAGGAUCAAAAUGGCCGACACAGAGGAGCCCCAGUUCAACACUCUAGCUGAGCGCAUUGCUGCUCUCAACAAACAAAAGAGUUUCACAGGUGCCCCAAGCCAAAGUCCCGGACCGGUUCGCAAACGACCGCCGCCUCCUCCCCCUCCUGGCCGCCCAGCCAUUGAGACCCGAAGCCAGACUGUACCAGUUGUUUCGACCACGUCAACACUAUCGCAGAGUAAUCCAGCAAUUCCUCCUCUCCCUGCGCGAAAAGCAUCGACACCACAAUUAACAGCGCAGAAUGGUCAACAUGAUGUCCAACAACGAGCCCCGCCUCCGCUCCCAAGUCGCACCCCAACUAUGCAGUCCGCUCCGUCUUUACCACCAAGGCGACCGUCAACGCAGUCUAGUCUAACAGUGCGGCGGAACUCUGGCUCGUCAGAAAGAUCGCAGAACUCGGCGAUAUCUUCGUUAUCUACGGGCAGGCCUCCAUCAUCAGUGACGAGUGUCAACUCUGAUGGAGCUGGCUAUAAGUUGCCACCUGCUUAUGAUCCUGCGAGUCUCCCCAAACUUCCUCCAUCAAGAAGAGAAAAGGAGGCAGCCGUCAGGGAGGCAGGGAAACCCAACCGUGCUCCACCGUCACCGCAGCCUCCACGGGCCAUUGAGCCUGCACCUCCAGCUCGACCUAGUCUGCCACCAAGGCUGCCUUCACGCCCAGCAAAACCACAAGCAGACGCUACACCUGAACCACAAGCGGCGCCGCAACCCAGAAAGUUGCCCCCUAGAGCGCCGGUGAACUCAAAAGCGAAGACACCCGUGAUACUUGGGUUUUCCAACAAGGACAAACCCAAGGACUCCCAGCCAGCACUGCCCACACGGCCCCCAAUCCCAGGCCGAUCGCAAUCGGGAGAUGAACCGCCGCCAGUGCCGCUCUCUUCUCGACCCUCAACCGCCCAGAUUGAAGCGUUUGAGACGCGGGCUCUCACUCCAUAUGCUCCAGUGUACGGAUGCCUAAUAUGCCGGGACUGGAGCGAUCCAGAUGCUGUAGCUGCGCAGUAUCCUCGAGAUUCUGUGCCGAGGGAUGACCCGGUGGGUUAUCUGGCUCAGGUUCUUUGUGGUCCAUUCCCCUCAUACACUGACAAAGCGCGAGCGAUCUUUACUUGGUUCCAUCACAACAUUAGUUAUGAUACCGCCGCAUUCUUUGGCAAUAAUGUAAGGCAUAUGACGGCUGAAGAUACAAUUUUUACUGGUAGAGCCGUAUGCGCAGGUUAUGCGGAAACAUACAAAGCGAUCGCCAACAGAGCUGGUCUAGAGUGUGUGGUCGUCACCGGUCACGGGAAGGGUUUUGGAUACACUCCGCUCAAGAAGGGUGAGCGUCCACCUAGAGCAGAUCCAACAGGACAUGCUUGGAACGCAGUGCGAAUCGAUGGUGGUGACUGGAAGUUACUGGACGCAUGCUGGGGUGCCGGACACGUAAGUGGGCAAAAUUACGAGCCCAAAUUCUCUCCUCUGCAAUUCACCAACGCCAAUGAGAACUUUGGCCUCAGACAUUUCCCGUCCGAAUCACGAUAUCAAUUCAGGGCGGACGGCCUACCAGUCACGUGGGAAAACUACUAUACUGGAGGAAUUGAUGGCGAGCCCCAUGGAAUGUGCUCAACCACAGCUGAAGAGGGCAUCGCUGAGUCCAGUAUAGAGCCGAAGCAGCGGCAUAUACCUAUUGACAGUGGCGAGGUUGUGCGAUUCCAAUACUCAAAGGUUUGCGAGCACUGGUCAGAAAAGAUGUGUGGCGGUAAGGAGCGGCUGGUGCUCCUCUGCCUUCCCCGAGGCGAUGGUCAGAAGGAAGAGAUGAUACCCAUGGAAACAAAUGGAUACUGGUAUUGGCUUGACGUCAAUGCGAGCGAUCUCGGGCCUCGGGGUAAGUCGGUACGACUGCUUGUUCUCACAAAGUUCGGAGACCGCGAAGACGCAAGGGGAGUCACAGGCAAAGAAUUCCUUGCCAAGUUCGGUAGAUGUGCAAUGGGUUGGUCGUACCUUGUUACAUGGGACUUGGUUUGAGGCCUCUCAUCUGAUAGUCACAUACUUGGCGUCUCCUGAUGGUACUAUAUAUUUUGCAGGUUGCAGUCUGGAAAGACUUGGCGAAUACACGCCUCGCCGUAUAAUCUCCGCCCGCAUCUCCGUACAUGAACUAGAUACCUGAUGAACACCUCCCCAGGAAAAUGGUAUGUGCCAUCUUUUAGUCCAGAUGGUGAGUUUAUGCACAGGAAAUUCGGUGCUUAAUAGCAGCAGGUGCAUAUAAUCAGUUCCUGAAUGCUAUUAUCCAAGUUGCUUCCUACGGUAUUUUGAUGAAUAUAGUAUGAGAGGGUAGCGGAAAUUCGGUGCCCAUGUUCUCAAGGAGAUGCGGUACCUUAUUGUCAUUGAUCGGGUUCUAUAAAGCACCAUAGUACUGAGGGAUUGACAGGCGACUCCUCGCGUCGAACUUGAGUCCAUACCGCGAGGGUACCUAUAGUGGAUCUUCAGGAUGCUUUAGAACCGAACGACGAGAAUUCAUGCCGAGACGGCUUUUAAAUGCAUCUUUUUCUUGGAGCUCAUCUUGGCAAUCCCCAUGACGCACACACGGGCUGUGCUCCUGUUGAUGAUAUCAGAAAUGGCCUCGUGUACAGAUUUAAGUUUAUCAUAGGUGCUUCGGUUUUGCUUGUGGUGGAAUUUGGGAAUGGCUUUGUACAUUGGUAGGGACGAGAGAACUCAUAAGAGCGACAGGUAAGACAUCAUGAGUAAUCGGCUUUUAGGGGUAGAAGAGUGACCAAAGACGGAAUACUACCCUAGCAGUCUAUCUAAAGACUAAUCCACAAGCAUCGAAUGUGAAAGACUCUACGGACUUGACGGAGUACAUAAAACGAGUUACAAUUUAUCAUAGCAUGAUCAUCUACAUUGCAAAGGCUGGCUGUCUAAGUCUUGGCAUCUAAUGAUUGCUAAUCGACUCUGAUAAGCAGU